AUGCCUUUCAUCUGCGGUACUUGUGAUCGCCAAUUCUGGGCUGGAUGGCAAGCUAGGGAUCAGCAUUGCGAUGCUACCGGCCAUUCCCCACCUAGAUUUGAAUGUUAUUCUUGCGAUGAGUAUUUCGCCGACAGCGAGGACAAGGAAGAGCACGAAGCCGAAGACCAUUUACAUUGCGGUCCUUGUGACAGAGACUUCACGUCCUGGAACGCUAUUCAACAGCACUUAAAUUCUAGUGUCCACCGCGCAUCGGGCAUUUCCUGCCCCUUUUGCGGAGUCGAGCGAGCUUCCGCAACCGGCUUGGUUCACCACCUUGAAAGAGGAGGCUGUCCCAACGCGCCUCUCGACCGCGAUGCUCUCUAUCUCGCCGUCAGACGCCGGGACCCGAACGGAAUCAUCUCUAAGAAGUUGCUCGAGUUUCACGGCUCUCCCACAUACUCGGCAACCGAGAACUCGUACAACUACAGACUUGAUGCGUAUCAGUGUUACAUGUGCGGCAACUUAUAUGGAAAGCUGAACUCGCUCAACCAACACCUACACUCGCCGGUUCACCAACAAUCGCUCUAUCAUUGUCCCAACAGGCACUGUCGAAGAGAGUUCACUACCUUGGCCGCUACCAUGAAUCAUCUAGAAAGUGAAAGCUGCGGGUUCAUGCGCUUUGAAGCUGUCCAGCAGAACGUGGGCCGGAUCCUUGAUUCGCGACGCAUGAUCCAGUUUUAG